GCGCCGAGUCUGCGUCAUCUACCGUGUUGAACUCUACACGCUUUCACUUGACCAACUGUCCCCACUUGAACCUCACGGUUCUCAGAGCGCAGAUAAUCUGCGCGUGUCUCCAAGCUAUAUAUUGCGUUACGACCAACCUUACAAUCAUCAUUCAAUUUAACCCGACUUCUCAUUGGAAAUAUUGGAUCCGUCGAAUCACACUGAACAUUGGAUACGUCUACAAGAUACUCCUUGACACCGGUUUGCAGCCCCUACAGUCUGGACAGUUGCUGUAUUCCCAACCCACUUAGUAUUGAUCGAGAGGCUUAGGCGUAGAGAUGGGGAAUGUGCAGUCAGGCUCCACACUUACACGGACAAGUGGAGCAUUGGAUUCAUUUGUCACAGAAUUAGGAGGGGACAUCGUUUAUGACAAGGGACUCAAUCAGGCGCGUUUCCUCAAGACGGUCAAAUGUAAACACAGAAAUGGAUACCUUGUUGUCAAGAUAUUCAUCAAACAAGACCCUGGAGUCAGUCUCAGGACCUACCAAAGAAAGCUGAAGACGGACAGGGAAGCUCUACUGGACAUCCCAAAUAUCUACACCUAUCAAACAUUCCUUGAGACAGAGAAAGCGGGAUAUCUCGUUCGUCAAUGGGCUGCAAGUAAUUUGUAUGAUCGUAUAAGUACUCGCCCAUUUCUCUCUCUCAUUGAGAAAAAGUGGAUCACUUACCAGCUUCUCACCGCACUCUCUCAAGCACACCUGCAGAAAACGCCGCAUGGAGACAUCAAGUCAACAAACAUCUUGGUUACGUCGUCAAAUUGGAUCUACGUGACCGACUUUGCUGGAUCUUUGAAACCUACGCGACUCCCUCUAGAUGAUCCUUCGGAUUUCUCGUUCUUCUUUGAUACCAGUGGACGGCGGAUUUGCUAUGUCGCCCCAGAACGAUUCUAUAAAGUGGAGAAGGAGACAAGGAAAGCAUGGACAAAUGAGGAGGGCGAACUAAAGGAGCCCAUGGUGACUGAGGCGAUGGAUGUCUUUAGUCUGGGCUGUGUCAUCGCGGAAGUGUUUCUUGAGGGCGCAUCUCUUUUCUCGCUCAGCCAGCUGUUCAAGUACCGUGAGGGGGAAUACAGUGUGGAAGCUCAACUUUUGGCAAUAGGUGAUGAAGGUAUACGAUCGAUGAUCAGACAGAUGAUUACAUUAGAUCCCGCUGCGAGACCUACCUUUCAUAUGCUCCUAGCGGGUGCACGAGGGACCGUCUUGCCUGAGUGUUUUUACUCUUUCUUGCACGAGUAUGUGGCUUCAGUUGGCGAGCGUCCUUCUUCCCUCCCUUUUCCAUCCUCGUCCUUCUCCGUGUCAAAUGCUCCUCCCUCCACCUAUUUUCCAGCAGCCACUUCAAAUACAACGAUCAAAGUGCCAAGUAAGGAGACAGUGGUAACAGCUGCUGGCGCAACCGGGAAUGGCAGUGUACUUCCUGGUGAUAGCGACCACAGAUUGGAGCGACUUUGGGAGGAAUAUGAGAAUGUGGACCCAUACCUCGACGACACAGACGUCGAGAAGACUGUGAUGGAUGUCAAGGUUGAGUUCGGUAAUAAUGUCGCUGGACCAUCCAAACCUUUCCAGGAUGUCUUUCCCGUCUCCAUGCACAUUCCAUCUCAUCCCUCAAAUCGGCAUUCAACUCCUGCUGAAGAUGGUCCCGCACUCAUACUUCUCUCCCUCGUUUUAGCUAACAUCCGCAACUGCCUUCUCCCUUCGUCUCGCCUCCGUGCUUUAGAUAUACUACUCGCUCUAUCGACUCGGCUGACUGAUGAGGCCAAGCUUGAUCGUGCCGUGCCGUAUAUCGUAGAGCUAUUGCGUGACGAGGCUGCAGUGGUCAGGGCAGCAGCAGUCAGGACGCUGGUUCAGAUCCUGACUCAAGUAAAUGUCAUCACUCCCUCGAAUGCAUCAAUAGUACCAGAGUAUAUCAUUCCGAAUGUGCGUUAUCUUGUGCAAGAUCCAGAGGUGUCGGUCCGGGCAAUGUAUGCGCAGUGCAUUGCUCCCCUAGCUCAGACUGCCGACCGCUAUCUCGAGAUGGGCCAAGCCCUUAAGGCACAUGGUGUUUCUCCUGGGAUCAAUGGUGACAGACAAGAAUACGAGGAAAUGCACUUCGAGGUAUCGUACGAUGUCAUGAAACAAGACCUCCUCCUCUCCAUCCAGGAACAGUUGUCAACGCUUCUCAUGGAUCCUUCUCCCAUUGUUAAGAGAGCGGUGCUGCAUAAUAUCAAUGCACUUUGCGUCUUUCUUGGCAGUCAAAGAACGAACGAUGUCGUCUUGAGUCAUAUGAUCACGUACUUGAACGACCGAGACUGGCACCUCCGUCACGCGUUUUUUGAGAGCAUUGUCGAUGUCGCGGCGUGUGCUGGAGGUAGGAGCCUAGAUGAAUAUAUUCUGCCGCUGAUGGUACAGGCACUUUCUGAUGUGGAAGAAACUGUAGUAGCACGGGUACUCGCCGCCCUCACUAGCCUCUGCGAGUUGGGUCUGUUUCAGAAGAUGCGCAUUUGGGAGCUGAUGAGUGCCGCUCUCCCGUUUUUCUACCACCCCAAUGUUUGGAUACGGCAGGGUGCAGCCUCCUUUAUUGCGGCUGCAGCGAAAUGUCUACCCCAAAGUGACGUCUGGUGUAUCCUAUACCCUUCCUUGCGUCAUCUGUUGCGUUCGGAUGUGAAGGAGGUUGAAGAACAGAGUCUUUUGUCGGCAAUGAAGUCACCGUUGCCACGUCCCGUUUUUGAUGGCGCUGUCCAAUGGGCAAUGAAAGCGGAGAAAACCUCCUUUUGGAAGGGACAUCGUAGACCAGCAUCCAAGGUGGAAUCCCCGAGGGAAAGCAUAGUUUCCAUGAGAAAGGGGGGAAACACGGCUAUUGGACGCAACAAGUCAGAAGAGGACGAAGUGCAGUUGCUGAAACUGCAGAACCUUGGUAUGACAUCCGCUGAUGAAGCGAAGCUCACGGCGAUGCGGGAUUACAUCCUCAAGCUGGCUAAUAAUGCAUCAAGUUUCGCAUCCAGACCAAAAACAGAACCAGAAUUUGAAAGGAAUCUCCGUUCGAUGGGAGAUGUUGAACUACAGAAGUUAUCUGUUGUUCCUCAGACAGUCUUCCUCAAAUCAAAGCCCUCUAUGUCUGAUCUAACACCCAGACCUUCUCGCUUGGCAUCCUAUUCACGCAGGCCAGGUGACCUCCCAGGACGCCUCGGUACACCACACAUGAGCAGGGCUUCCAGUGUCGACCAUGGAGCAACUAAUCCUGCACUGGAAGACCUAAAGCGGAGAUUAGCUGCUAUCAACGGCUCUUCAUCGUCGCUCAACCUCACCGCUACUGCCCGGGAACGCCAGGCAGUGCAGUCCCCCUCUCUACCGCCUUCAAAUUUGCAGCCAGCAACUCUUGCGCUUCCUCCUCAGCCUGCGGGACAUGAUCGCCCGAGCAGCCCGACAGAUUCGGUUGUGUCUAAUACUAAUUCAUCGACUAUCCGGACUGUGCAUCGGUUGCAUGUUGGAAGUACAGACGGACAGAAGGCUGCCCCUGCGGUUGGCUCAUCUAAUACGAAUGCAGUAGGGUUACUGGAGGCACCAUCUAAGAUGCGUGCAGAAGGUUCUCCUGAACAAUCAGGAAGAUCAUCACCAAUUUCACUUGCUGGAACCGCAAGAGGUGUGAUCCGACCCCGUACAGCCUCCAUGUUGCCUAUCUCAACCUAUGAUGGGCCGGAACCUGGCAUCAACAAUCUGCUCGAGAACAUCUACUCGGACAACAACCGCGAGUUGCAGCAUGACUUCGGUCCAAAGGUGCAUGAAGGACCUAUUCGUCGACGCAAUACAGCCAGACAAAGCUUCAUUACGCGCGAUAGCAACAAUCGGCGAACGGAAGCCACUAUCAUUGCUCACCUCCAAUCUCACACUGACUGCGUCACCGGGUUGGCUGUAUCUCCAGAUCAUGCGUUCUUUGUUUCAUGUUCAGAUGACAUGUCUGUUAAAGUAUGGGAUACAGCACGGCUGGAACGCAGUGUGACGAGUAAACCUCGCCAUACGUAUAGCCAGCAUCAUGCGCGUGUCAAGAGCAUAUGCAUACUGGAGGGCGUGCAUUGUUUUGCUAGUGCAGCGGAAGACGGAAGCUUGCAUGUCAUCAGGGUACACGUCAACCAAAGUGGGUCUUUGCCGAAGUAUGCAAAACUUCAGACCAUUCGAGAAUAUCGAGUGGACUCGCCUGGCGAAUAUAUUACAUGCAUGAUUCACUACAAUUCAGAUGUCGCCUCGAAUCUUGUCUUUGCGACAACACACUCUGUCAUCACCAUCCUGGACUUGCGAACCAUGCGAGUCUUACAACAUAUGCAAAAUCCGCGUCAUUUUGGACCCAUAACUUGUAUGUGUCUAGACCGCAAACGCACGUGGAUUCUCGUGGGCACUUCUAUGGGUGUGCUCUCACUCUGGGACCGACGUUUUGGCCUGCUUGUCAAGAGCUGGCAAGUUGGCAAAACUUCUUCAGGAAAAUUUGCAAGAGUAAACCAAUGUAUCAUCCAUCCAACCAAAGGGAAAGGGACUUGGGUAAUGGUUACCAUCGAGAGCUGGAAGGGUGGUCCGGAGUCUUCGCCCAUAAGCCUCAUCGAGGUCUGGGACAUUAAAAAUGGCGUUCUGGUGGAGAGCUAUAUGACAAGGACCACGUCUACGCCAACAGAGUGUGUUCCUGAACCUGUGGAGAUUUCAGCAGUGGAGGCCUCGCAGAGCCCAGCUGCCGCCAUUGCUGCUCUUGUCAAUGCUAGGUACCCUGGUGGAACUGCGCACGCCAAUGCGAGCAAGAACGGAGGACCAUCCCAUGGCCCUCAGCGUGAUGAGGUGCUUCUGGCACCCUCGCAUGAUAUUCGUGCAAUCGUAGCUGGUGUCGAUUUUGGACAUUCCGGAUCGCAUAGAUCAGAAAUCGUGGAUUUGUCGGUUGAUCCCCCCGCGUCGAGCCGUAAUUCUAGGGGGUUCAUGGUGACAGGUUCGGAGGAUAGAAGAAUUAGACUGUGGGAUCUCAGCAAACUUGAGCGAACAUCUGUGGUGGCUGGCCCAGAGUCAGAACAUGACAGGCCAUCGUACAGCACUGUGCGAGCUACAGAUGGUUCGCCAUACGUCAGUAACGUUGAGACAUGGGCACAUUCGUCCAGCUCAGCUAGUCAGAGCAAUCGACCUCCGCAAAGGAUGUCGAUGAUUACCCAUAACCAACAGAACCUUCUCAGGUCACAUCAGGAUAUCGUGACUUGUUUGGCUUGCAUUGAUUCCCCAUUCCGAGGAGGCAUUGUGAGUGCCGACAGAGCAGGGGUGAUCAAAGUGUGGAGGGUCGGAAGCACCGACUCGUAGUGACCUGCGUAUUUACUUUGAGUGAUAUAUCUUGUUUACUUGCUUCCGUACGUACACUUUGCCAUGCUAUCGAUUAGAUUUUACUGUAGUACUUGUUAAUUUCACCCGAAAUUUCCGAAA